AUGCUGGGGCGCUCUUCUGCUGGGGUUCCUCACUGCUGGGGCCUCUUCAACUUGGUGCCAGUCCCGGUUGGCCGUCGUGGGUCUUGGGGUCUUGGGGACCUGGGUCUCCUCUUUCUGGGUCUCCAAGGGGUGGGUGGCCUGGAGGGCUCGCUCGGUCGACGCUGCGUGGUCUGGGGUCCCGCGCUUGUUCCCGACGGCGGGUUGCAGAGGCGGCCGCAGGAUGCACGACCAUUGUGUGGAUGGGUGUGGGCGGGUGUGGGCGUGGGUGUGCCACGCUUGCAAGGGUGUCUCUUUGCGUGGGAGUGCCCGGGUGUUCUGCGUGUCUGGCGUCUGGGUUGGGUGUUGAAAGAGGCGGCGGCGAACCAGCUGGGCGUGCAUCUCGCCGUGGACCGCUGGACCUACGGAGUCGGCGCGGUGGAGUUUUUGACAAGACGGAACCAGCUAGCGCAUCGCUCGCCGGUCUGCGCUGCUGUCAUUCAUGCAGCUGGUUCUCGACCGCCCCCCGGCCGCUUCUCUGCCACCUUUUCGACACUCCUCCGCCUGGGUGGUCUUCGAUCUUGGGUCUUGGAUCUUGAGUCUUGAGUCUUGGAUCUGGGAGUUGACCUGGUAUGAUUAGUCCAAUGGCGGCGGAUACUGGGUCCUUUGUGCUUUGUCGCUGAGAUUACCGCAGCAGUCAAUGCCAGUGUCCAUGUCGGAGUCAUGCCAGCCUGCCCUCGCGACUCCGUUCAAUCCCAAAUCCAAAUAGGCAUGCAGCACAAUCCACGUCCUCUUAUCUCAUGUUUUCAACCCAGAGCUUCCUCUUCUGC